CCGACACAUCCAAGAUGGCGAAAUACAGAGUGUUGUGUCGCCGACGGCUCUAGUAGAUCGCCGGCCAUUCCAAAAGUAAUGUAAGCGUUUUGUGAUAGUGAGAUCGAUGCGGAACCGCAUUAAAUCACCGAUUCGACGGUAAAUUCGCACGUUUACCGCGAUGGAGACCAAACAGGCUGUUCCCGUUACCUAUUUCACGCCGAUCGUGACGAUCGACGAAAUCAAAGACAACCCCCCGACCGUUACCAAAGAGACCGUACCAAAGGUGGAGAUCAAAGACGAGAUCGAAGAAACGCCCCCCGAAACCAAACGAAAACGGGGUCGGCCGAGGAAAAUCGAACCCGACCCUCCGCAGAAGAAGAAGAAACGCAACAAGAGAAAGUCGACGAAACCGAAGAAAAAACCUCAGACCGUCGAGACGGACGACGACGUCACCGUCGAAAUUAAAGUGGAGCCGAAAGACGAAGACGAACUGAUCGAGACUCCCGUCACCUCCGCCAAACUGUACAAGUGUCCCGCGUGCAAAGACGAUCGCGACCGCACCGAGAAAGAAUUAAAAGAGCACUACAAGACCGAGCACCCCGGCAAACGUUUGCGCGCCUCCAGGUUCUCGCAGGACCUCCACGCUUGCGACGUGUGCGGCAAGAGUUUCAAGGCGGCGUCCAGCCUCAAGGACCACAUGGAGACCCAUAACAAUUACUACUACUGUGAAUCGUGCAACCACUCGACGAAGAAGAUCCUCGACCACGUGGUACACUUGAGGAUGCACUCACUUGUCGGGUUGUUCCAGUGUUUGAUGUGCGAGUUCAGCACGGUCGAGAUUAACGAGAUCAACGAUCACGUGACCAAUCACGAGGAGAUCCUCAAGUAUUGGUGCGACUCGUGCAAAAAAUCGUUCCAGAUACUUAGCCACUUCCAGGAGCACGACAACUUCCACACGGGUCUGAAACCGUUCGAUUGCGAGUAUUGCGGCAAGUGUUUCAUGUACUCGCGGUACCUCCACGCGCACAAAACCAACCUCCACAAGGAGGACAUGAACUGCCCGAGUAAUUACGAGUGCGUCAUCUGUAACAAGAGAUACCAGCACCGGAACAGUCUCAAGUUGCACAUGAACUCGCACACGGGGAACUUUUCGAUAUGCGACGUGUGCGGGAAGACAUUGUCGAGCAAGGAAAAGCUCAAGUUUCACCUGAGGACCCACACCGGUUUCAAGCCGUACAGCUGCACGUUCUGCGGCAAGAGUUUCACCAAGAAACCGAUCCUCGUCGAACACGUCAGGGUGCACACGGGAGAGAAGCCGUACGUCUGCGACUACUGCACCAAGUCAUUCUCCCAGAGAAGCAGUUUGGUGAUACACAUGCGCGGCCACACCGGAGAGAAACCCUACGUGUGUCAGUUUUGCACCAAGGGUUUCGUGGCCAAGGCGAUGCUCACGAUUCACCUGAAGUCUUGCAAGGGACUGUUCCACAUUUCCAAGACGGAGUAUUGAUGCGGUUCAAAUAAAAGUUUGCUCCGCCCCGCGGCGGUUCUGUUUUGUUCGAACGUCAGUAACGCCCGGUGCAGGCGCCAGAUGGCGCGCGCGUUCCGUUCGGUCGCCUAACUUCAGACUAUUUUUCUAGUCAAGCAGUUUUGUGGAAUAAAUGUUAUUUAAAAUUUGAAAUUAUUGUUUAAAUAAUAUUUAUUUUUGUAGUUAGGGGUAUUAAAAAAAAUGUUCCAUUCCAUUUAGUCUUGUACGAUUCCUCAUCGUUUGCAUUUAGUAUCUAAGGUUUAUGUAUCUAGCGCGGAAACAUAUAGUUCGAUGCAGAUUGUGGCGAGUUGCACCCUUGUUUGACGUGU